CUGAGCUACCUCUGAGAGGUAUGUGGGGUGUGAAUGAAAGCUUAGGAGUGAGUGGGAAGGCACUGUGAAGGGCUGAGGCUGUGAGGAGAGAGGGCCAACUAAGGAGGCUGGCCGACCCUUGGUCCAAGGUGAACUGGUCUCACCUUCCUCAUGGUGGGAUGUGGUCUCAGGCUUGGCUAACAGGUAUGUUCCCUCUGACAGGUGGUCCUUCCCCGGGCGGCGGUGCCCCCUGGCACCUUCGAAAUGUUCUCAGCGACUCAGUGGAGAGCUCGGAUGAUGAAUUCUUUGAUGCUAGAGAGGACAUGACUGAAGGGAAAAAUGCCAUCCUCAUCGGGAUGAGCCAGUGGAACUCAAAUGACCUGGUGGAGCAGAUUGAGACCAUGGGGAAACUGGAGGAGCAUCAAGGAGAAGGGACGGCACCCUGCACCUCCAGCAUCCUCCAGGAGAAGCAGCGAGAGCUGUACCGGGUUUCCUUGAGAAGACAGAAGUUCCCAGCCCAGGGAAGCAUCGAGAUCCACGAAGACAGUGAGGAAGGCUGUCCCCAGCGCUCCUGCAAGACACAUGUCCUCCUGCUGGUGCUGCAUGGGGGAAACAUCCUGGAUACAGGCUCAGGGGACCCAUCCUGCAAGGCGGCCGACAUCCACACCUUCAGCUCCGUGCUGGAGAAGGUCACCCGCGCCCACUUCCCCGCUGCCCUGGGCCACAUCCUCAUCAAGUUCGUCCCCUGUCCUGCCAUCUGCUCCGAGGCUUUCUCACUCAUCGCCAACCUGAGCCCCUACGGCCAUGACGAGGGUGGCCCCAGCAACAGCCAGGAUCAUGCCCCACUGGCCGCCCUGCCCCUGCUGGCCAUCUCCUCCCCGCAGUACCAGGACGCUGUGGCUACGGUCAUCGAGCGAGCCAACCAGGUCUAUGGAGAGUUCCUUAAGUCCUCUGAUGGAGUUGGCUUCAGCGGGCAGGUGUGUCUCAUCGGGGACUGUGUAGGUGGCCUCCUGGCCUUCGAUGCCAUCUGCUACAGUGCCGGGCCCUCGGGCGACAGCCCUGGCAGCAGCAGCCGGAAGGGAAGCAUCAGCAGCACGCAGGACAGCCCCGUCGUGGUGGAGGAGAACUGCAGCCUGGCCGGCAGCAAGCGCCUCAGCAAAAGCAACAUCGACGUCUCCAGUGGUUUGGAGGAUGAGGAGCCCAAGAGGCCGUUGCCGCGGAAACAGAGCGACUCCUCCACCUAUGACUGCGAGGCCAUCACCCAGCAUCAUGCCUUCCUGUCAAGCAUCCACUCGAGUGUGCUGAAGGACGAGGCUGAGCUCCCUGCAUCUGGGGCCCAGCUCCCUGAGGUCAGCCUGGGCCGCUUCGACUUCGACGUGUCCGACUUCUUCCUCUUUGGCUCGCCCCUGGGUCUGGUCCUGGCCAUGCGGAGGACAGUGCUGCCUGGGCUGGAUGGUUUCCAGGUGCGUCCUGCCUGCAGCCAGGUCUAUAGCUUCUUCCACUGCGCAGACCCCUCUGCCUCGCGGCUCGAGCCACUGCUGGAGCCCAAGUUCCACCUGGUGCCACCUGUCAGCGUGCCCCGCUACCAGAGGUUCCCACUGGGUGACGGACAGACCCUCCUUCUUGCCGAUGCCCUGCACACCCACAGCUCCCUCUUCCUGGAGGACAGCUCCCGGGGCAGCCCACCCCUUCUGGACGCCCCUGCCUCGCCCUCACAGGCCCCGAGGUCCCAGCGCCCGGGGCGGAGGAUGAGUGAGGGCAGCUCCCACAGUGAGAGCUCAGGGUCCUCGGACAGCCUGGCACCUGCGGGUGCCUCCUGCAUCACGGCCAAGUGGUGGGGCACCAAGAGAAUUGACUACGCCCUGUACUGCCCUGAUGUCCUCACCGCCUUCCCCACCGUGGCCCUGCCCCACCUCUUCCAUGCCAGCUAUUGGGAGUCCACAGACGUGGUCGCCUUCAUCUUGAGACAGGUGAUGCGCUAUGAGAGCGUGAGCAUCAAGGAGAGCACUGGCCUCGAUCCCGCGGCACUGAGCCCUGCCAACCCCCGCGAGAAGUGGCUUCGAAAGAGGACCCAGGUCAAACUGCGGAACGUCACUGCUAACCACCGGGCCAAUGACGUGAUUGCUGCUGAAGAUGGCCCCCAGGUUCUGGUGGGGCGGUUCAUGUACGGACCCCUCGACAUGGUCGCUCUGACCGGAGAGAAGGUGGAUAUCCUGGUGAUGACAGAGCCGUCCUCAGGCCGCUGGGUGCACCUGGACACAGAGAUCACCAAUAGCAGUGGUCGCAUCACCUACAGUGUGCCCCGGCCGCGGCGCCUGGGGGUCGGUGUCUACCCAGUGAAGAUGGUUGUCAGGGGUGACCAGACCAGUGCGAUGAGCUACCUCACGGUGCUGCCCCGUGGUAUGGAGUGCGUCGUGUUCAGCAUCGAUGGGUCCUUUGCAGCCAGCGUGUCGAUCAUGGGAAGUGACCCCAAGGUUCGGCCAGGUGCAGUGGACGUUGUCCGGCACUGGCAGGACCUGGGCUACAUGAUCCUCUACAUCACCGGGCGGCCGGACAUGCAGAAACAGCGGGUGGUGUCGUGGCUGUCCCAGCACAACUUCCCCCAGGGCAUGAUCUUCUUCUCCGACGGGCUGGUGCAUGACCCGCUGCGGCAGAAGGCCAUCUUCCUCCGCAACCUUGUGCGUGAGUGUUUCAUCAAGAUCAGUGCAGCCUACGGCUCUACGAAGGACAUCUCUGUCUACAGUGUGCUGGGCCUGCCACCCUCCCAAAUCUUCAUCGUGGGCCGGCCCACCAAGAAGUACCAAAACCAGUGCCAGUUCCUGAGCGAGGGCUACGCUGCACACCUGGCCGCCCUGGAGGCCAGCCACCGCUCACGCGCCAAGAAGAACAACUCACGCAUGAUCCUGCGCAAGGGCAGCUUCGGGCUUCACGCGCAGCCCGAGUUCCUGCGGAAGCGCAACCACUUGCGCAGGACCAUGUCGGUGCAGCAGCCGGGCCCGCCCGUCACCAACCCCAAGCCGGAGCGGGCGCAGAGCCAGCCGGAGUCCGACAAGGACCACGAGCGGCCCCUGCCGGCGCUCAGCUGGGCGCGUGGGCCCCCCAAGUUCGAGUCGGUGCCCUGAGGGGUGGCUGUGCUCAGAGCAGAGGGGCCCACGAGGCCGCCUGCAGGAACGGGAGGGAGCUGCCUUCUCACCGACACAGGCGUUUUCCUGCUUUUUCCCUCCCGUGUCUGUCCAGCAGCGUCGGACCAGAGGGGGGACCCUGCCG